UCGGGCGGCGUCGAACGGUGCGGAUGGUUAUCGUCGGGUUGGGUUGUUCUACUCCGGGUCUCACUCACUUACCAUUUUCGCAGGCGCUGCGCAUGCGAAACAAAUAGAAAAGCAGAACCGAGUGCGAACAGAACUAGAGCAAGAGCAAUAAGUAAUACCUUCGAAGUGACGAAAAGAAAUGAAAAGAAAAGAAAAUAAACAACAAUUAAGUGCAGCGGAAAAAUGCAGUCCAAAUAAUGGCUGAGAUUUUUACCUCGUAUUAUUUACGUUUGUGCGUCGCCAGCAGUAAUUAAGCAACAUUUUGACUCGGACUUAGCCGAUCGCAAUCGCUCAUCGCUUAUCGCUUGCGCAACAGCGUUUACCUUACCCAAUUUCGUACCGCCCACAAAACGCCGACACCGUGUGUUUUAACAACAGUAUCGAUUUGUUGGCCCUAUUUACAUGCUGCCUUAUCACAGUGCCUCGCAAGAGGGAGCGCCCAUUAGCACAUUCUAAAAAAAAAAAAACACUCCCGAGGAUUAUUCAAAUAUUUGUGAGUGUGUCUCGGACCGCCGAUAAGAUGACCACCCGUGUGGUAUCCAGGUGCAAUAGUGCCAUAAAUUGAGGCCAGUUUCGAACCGGGCCCCUCUUAAGCUCCAUCAGAUAAACCUUAGAAAAUUCCGCCUUAUCCACCAUGAGUACCCUUCGUCCGGGCAGCGUUUGCGAUACCACGCCGCUCCAGAGAUUUGAAAGCCAAAGCAGCAGCGGCGAAGAGCCCUCUUCACCGACGGCUUCUAGUAUUAUAGCCGCCGUCGCUGCUGCUGCUGCUGCAUCCCCAAACCAAACCCCCAGCCACAACAACAAUAAUGUUAAACUGGACCUACAGCUGCCAACUUUCGUUGGAAACUCCGGAAACCAUGGCUCAUUAUACAAACCGCCGUUGCGUGGCCCCCGUCAAAUCUUCGGAAGGAUUCUAAUGGAUCUCUGUUUGCUCAGUUGCGUGGGACUGCCAAUGCUGGGUUUUUCGCUUUGGGGUGAAGCCUUUAACCGUGGAUUCUUCUGCAAUGAUUCUACUUUGAAACAUCCGUAUAAAGAGUCCUCCAUGCCCAGCUGGUUGCUUUACUUGAUGUGCGGCGCACUGCCUUUUUCUGUGAUGCUCGUGGUGGAGUUCUUUAGGGCCCAGGACAAGCGUUUGCAUGGCCCUUUUGAGAAGCACCGAAUGGGCAGUGGCUAUCAUCUUUGUCACUUGGAGUUGCCCACUUGGCUGCUGGAGUGCUAUCACAGAAUAGGAAUCUUUAUCUUCGGUUUAGGAGUGGAACAGUUAACCACAAAUAUAGCCAAGUAUUCUAUUGGCAGACUAAGGCCUCACUUUUACACUCUCUGUCAGCCCGUUAUGCCAGAUGGCAGUACUUGCAGUGAUCCCAUUAAUGCUGCACGUUAUAUCGAGAAGUUCACCUGUGCGGCGGUGGAUAUAACUUCAAAGCAACUAAAAGACAUGCGACUUUCGUUUCCCAGUGGACAUGCAAGCUUUGCCUGUUAUUCCAUGCUCUACUUGGUGAUUUACUUACAACGCAGAAUGCACUGGAAUCGCAUGCGAAUGCUGCGCCACCUUCUGCAAUUCUUGCUGCUCAUGUUCGCCUGGUACACGGCUCUUACCCGAGUUUCCGACUACAAACACCAUUGGUCCGAUGUUUUGGCAGGAUCUGGCAUCGGUCUCACCUAUGCCGUUGUUGUGACCUCGACUAUGUGGUAGGCUGGACCCUUGACUAUUUUAAGGGGGUUGCAAACCCCUCACCCCACCGCGCUGAGCUGCAUUUCGCUUUAAGAUGUCUUGUCUGCUGAAAUUUCAGUUUUAUCCUAGUUUUAACUUUGACCAUGUCUGAAGAGGAGUAUCUAUUUAUCUACGUGUGAAAGAUUUUACUUAAUAAAUUUCAGUUUAAUGUGUUUUACCCUA